AUGGCGGAUCACUCUCGAAUUGCUUCAGGUCCUUCUCUGCCAAGGUCUUCUCCACAACUUUACUCUCGUCAGGGAAACUCAUCUUCUUGUUCCCAGACAUUAGCCAGUUACUUAGCUGAUUCUGGAAAAGAAGAGGACUGGGAAGGUGUCCAUGGGAAUGAACUGAUCUUUGCCUUAGAUGAUGAAGAAGCGGCAACUCCUGAUGCAGAAAAUCCAUUUUCUCUGUGUGGAGAUACUGGGAAACAUGAAGUCCCCCAAGCAGAGCCCAUCUUCCACGUGCCACCUCCUUUCCCAGUAUCACCUGAAACGGAUUUCUUGCCUCCUCUUCCCGUUUCUAGCUCACCCAACUUCUCACCUCAAAAAUCUGCUGGCCUUGUAAACACUCAAGGUGCCAAACCGCUGAUCAACCUAGUGAAGUCCCUCUCAACCGAAAUUGAGUUGCGUGAAGCCUCUCCCCUCACGCCCCAGCCUUUGUUAAGCUUGGUCAAAUCCAUUUCCACCGAGAUCUCCCGCCUGGAACCUGAGGUGACGCAGUCGAAAUCCGAUUCGAAACUCAAUGUCCACCGGUGGCGGCAGAUCACCCACCCGAAAUGCAAAAAUGGGGACUCCAGGACCGCUCCCUCCUCUCCCAACAUUUCUCCUUCCGAGAGCAAGGGCAGCUUCUUCAAGGCGCAAGAAGCCAAGUUUGAGGACACCAAGAGGCGGUUUUCCGAAGCCAUGCAGGAACCCCUGAGCAGGCUCAGCAAAAUCAUGGGGGACGAGAACAGCGCCGCACCAAAGCCCAAAGCCCCGCUGCCUGGCAGCCACGCCUGCGAUGUCCUUGCCGGCCACAGCGGGGAGUCCACCCUCCUGGAGGCCAGGGAUGGAUGCCCCGGUCGGGGGACUGACCGGCCCGGCCCGCCAUCCGGGAGGGAGCCUGGGGAGCUGUGCUUUUCCGCGGAGCAGAAGUGGGCGCCCUGCAUGAGCUGCCGGUAUGAGAUUUGCUCCGAGGGCGACGUCAUCCGGGUGGUGGAGGUGGCUCAGGACAAGGCCGGCGGCACGGGCGGAGGAAGGGCCCUUGGGCCCCUGGGUGUCCCCCGCCCCACCAAGCCUUGCGGCAGAGUGCCCUGCAAAGCCCUCGCCUGCAUCGCCAUCCUGGCCUACAACUACUUCGUGCUGCCUUUGCCUCCUUACGUCUCGGGCCUUUUCCUCGGCGCGCUAUGCGGGUUCAUGCUGGGCUUCCUGGGUAUUCUGCUCCUGGUGCCCAAGCACCCGCUGUCUCCACGGAGGAUGCGGCCCCCUCGGGGCAAGCUGCCGUCGGGGCAGCUGCAAGAGCUCCACGUGCUUAAGGGGUGGAUGAAUGAGAUGUACUUCUACGACCCUGAGCUCUACCACCCGUCGCUCACCCAUUCGGUGUUCGUGACCCUGGAAGGCUCCAACGUGACGCUCUCCUAUCCCAAGAGCAACAUUCCCCGGCGGGCCACCUUUGAGGAGGAGGUCUUCGACGUGGCUUUUGUGAAUCACCGUCAUUACGACAUGAGUGGCGCGAAGGUCUUCCUCUUCCCUCCUGGGCUGGCCCGGAAGAGGAUGUGGAACAAGAAGUACCCCGUCUGCAUUCUCUUCCCCAACCAAGUGGACCCGAGUGGCAAAGGGCCCUUGGCCUCUCCAGGAGAGAAGCGGCAGGACCCAAGCCCGGAGAGCCCCCCUGCGCAUCCCUCCGAGCCCCAGGAAAGAACGCUUUACCUCUUUGGCAGAACGGGGAGGGAUAAGGAGGAAUGGUUCCAGCAUCUCGCGAUGGCUUCCCGGGCGGGACGUUGCACAGCACCCAGUACUAUCGCAGGUGAGAGCCCCCCAAAAAGUCCUGCCACGACAGCCCUGCUCAGCUCUUCCCAGUCCAAAGCUGCGGCUUCCUGUCAUACUGGGAAGGGGCGAGAUGCUAUGCACACCCCCAAGCUGCUUCGGUCCUCCGGAGACGCCCUGGGCAUUUGCCCCUCAGAGCUCUGUCCAGAGUCAGGUUUAAACCAGCUCAGCCCCCCUGGGAAGGGGCCGUGCAGCAGUGGCAAUAGCAGCCGAGAAAGCACGGAAGAGCUCCGCUCUGCCAUCAAGCCCAAGGAACUUGCUGUCAACCUCAGAGAGAAGGUCCUGCUGGAUUACCACACAUACAUGUCCCAAAUAGUCCCUCCGGGCAAUAGUGCCAGCCCGUCGGAGAGCCCAUGCGCCAGCACGGCAGGAAGCCCCACACCAAGGAAGUUCCUUGAGGAAGCAAUGAACAGCCGUGAAAUCCACAUGGCCUGGGUCAACGCAGUGCUCGGCCGAAUGUUUUGGGACUUCUUGAGGGAAAAAUAUUGGGCAGACCACGUUUCAAACAAGAUUCAGAAGAAAUUGGGCCGAAUUAAGUUGCCGUACUUCAUGAACGAGCUCACGCUGACGGAGCUAGACAUGGGCUCCUCCAUCCCACGCGUCCUCAGUGCUUCCAGCCCGACCCUCGACAGCCGAGGGCUCUGGCUGGACAUGGACAUGACCUACAGUGGAUCCCUACAGAUGAGCCUGGAGACAAAACUGAACUUGUACAAACUGGGCAAAGAAACCCUGGGAGAGGAGACUACGAAAGCGGGCAGCAGCACGGACGGCAUGAAGCCCCACUGGGUCUUACUGGCCGACAGCGAUGCCGAGUCCUCCAGUGCCGGUUCCUCGGAUGAGGAAGACGUUCCCACCAUGGAGCCCUCCAGGAGCGCAGGAGAGAGGAGCACGCCUCCUGGGGCUGAAGGCCACAUCAGUGGCAACAGCACCGGCCGGAAGAUCCUGCGCUUCGUGGACAAGAUUGCCAAGUCCAAGUACUUCCAGAAGGCCACCGAGAACGAGUUCAUCAAGAAGAAAAUAGAGGAAGUGUCCAACACGCCGUUGCUGCUGACCGUGGAGGUCCAGGAGCUGACAGGAACGUUGGCUGUGAACAUCCCCCCGCCCCCGACGGACCGCGUCUGGUACAGCUUCCGGGUCCCACCACAGCUGGAUCUGAAGGUCCGGCCAAAGCUAGGAGAACGAGAGGUAACCUUCAUUCACAUCACCGAAUGGAUCGAGAAGAAGCUGCAGCAUGAAUUCCAGAAAAUCCUAGUGAUGCCAAAUAUGGAUGACCUCAUCUUACCCCUCAUGCAUUCUGGCCUGGACUCCCAGCUGCCCGCGGAGGGGCCCCAGAAGGAAUUCCCAGGAGAGCACGCAGAGCACUGUUAA